AGGCCGCAUGUUUUGGACACUCGGGUAAAGAGAGGGGCGGAACUGUCAACCGACCACCAUCUGGUUGUGAGUUGGAUCAGGGAAUGGGGGAAAUUUCUGGAUAGACCUGGUAAGCCCAAACGAGUAGUGCGGGUGAACUGGGAACGUCUGGAGGAGGCCCCCGUCCUAGGUAUCUUCAACUCACACCUCCGGCGGAGUUUUUCUGGCAUUCCUGUGGAGGUUGGGGGCAUUGAGCCAGAGUGGGCGGUGUUCAAAGCCUCCAUUGCUGAAGCUGCGGUGGCUAGCUGUGGCCUGGAGGUAAUCUAUUUGUGUGUUUGUGUGUUUGUUUUCCCCAGUUCCUGUUCUACUGCUUAUUGACCUGCAACCCUGAGUCUCACUCCACAGUCAAGUUGUCAAGCUGGCAUCUCUAUGUAAAGACCGGUUCAUCCCACAAGACACACCCAUGCUGAUGGCAGCACUCCAGGCGUCUCCUCUGUCUUGCAUUUUGAAUUUUGUCACUCUGUAACACCUACUUUACCUGUGAACAGAAUAACCUGCCCUCCUUUAACACCUGCAAUGCUUCAAAUUGUUUGGAUGCCUGCCGGGCUCACCUAGUCCUGCCUGCCUGCUGAUUUUAGCCUAAUAUUUGUUAUUAUACACGUUAAAUCUAUGUGCCACACAUCAAAACAGAGAUUUGUACAGUUAAAUGGUCAAAGCCGAACCAUUCCAAUUUGAAGUAGUGGAAUCUUGAUUUGCGUAAAAUGGCCUCGUUUGGAGCUAGUAGAGCAACAGACCUGGGAUCAGACUGUGUAUAAGCUGACCCAGCAACUGCAUGUGUGGGCCUUCGACUGCAUAUGAAGGUGUAGACUGGUCGCAGAUCAGCGCUGCUGGAAAGUGUUUAGGGACUGGGACCCGCCCCAUCACGUCAGAAGACCCGCUGAAAUUCAAAGUUGGAGGAGGAGGAGACUGGAGGUUUCUGUGUGUUUAUGGACAGUCUGUGGUCAGAACAAGAAGAGCCCUCUCCUCGUCAGUCAGAACUCUCCCACAUCUCCUCAGCGUUUCUCAGAUGACGCAACGUAUUCAGCUGACUUGCUACUAGCUCCGCUAGCAAAGGAACCGAGUCAUGUUGGAAUGAGGCGAGGUGAAACUGUGGGGCGUUGUUCGCGUUUCAUAAAUCUGGGACACACACGAAACGUUCUAACCCCGUUAGCCAGUUUGGCACAAAUCUCAGUAUGGAAGCUGGCGAGGAAAACAACGCAAGCAUGAAGAGACAGAGAACACCUCUGUCAGAUUCUGAAGACAAUGUCUUCUCACCCUCAGAUAUGAAUGAUGGCCAGAAGCGGCGGCGUCUGGACGCAGCAGGUCAAGAGAACCGGAGCCCUAAACCAUCCAGCUCUGGACGACUAGCUGAGCUAGGGAUAAAGGCCGAUACACCGAUGGUUCCCUCAGUGCAGUCCCGGGUCCACCAGCUCACCCACAGAAGAGAGGAAGCUCCAACGGCCCCGAGGUGCUUCUCGGAUCCUGGGGCUGAAAGCCCAGUAGCCAACGUCCAUGACAAGGGCUUCAGGGAGCAUCUCCUUGGUGAGGGAGAGUUCAGUCAGCGAAUGGGGCGGUUUAAAGUGCCUGUUCUCCAGACUGGCCUCACACCGAGCCCUUCCAGCCUGUGCUCUCGAACCCGAUCCAACUUAGUAUCUGACAUCCAUCAGAAACUCCAGGGCACGACGACACCCAGCUCCAAGCAGGCCUCUCGCAUUCGCCAGGAACGGGAUCAGGAAAUAAGCCAGCUACAUUUCCAACCAAUAAGUGAGAAUGCCUGGCUAAAGAGAAGCAGCUCUGAUCCCUUAUUGGCUCAACAGGGAAGGAGCACUCCUGGUCCCUCAUCUCACUCCUCCUGGGUCCCUAGAUCUGGAAGGAGAGUUCAUUGGCCUCCCAUGCAGCCCAGGGAUCAGGAUGAGGAUGAAGCUGAGAAGAAAGAUGGUAGCUUCAGUGAAGUUCCUACAUCAGCUGCAGAGAAUCCAUCUGCAAACACAACAGGUCAAAUAUCACAUUAUGACUCUGAAGCACCACUACCUGUUGAGCUCAAAAGCACUAGUGAAGGGCAGCUGCAAAUUAAGGAGAAGGAAAACACUCCUCAGGGUGAAGAAGUCAUGAAAGAGAGAGACCACAAGACUUCCGUUGGAGAUGGAGAGCGGCUUGGGUCAGAAGAAUCAAAAACUGUGUUGAAGCUGUCUUUUAGUGAGGAUCAGAGUUUCUCCAAAACAUGUUUUAGUGAGGAUCCGAAAGUGUCAUGUGAUGAAGACAGGCUACUAGAAUCAACUUUUUCCCACGAGUCAAACAAUGAGAAAACCGGCUUUUCCAAAGCAGCUGAACAAAGCAGGAAAGAGAGUUUUUUAUUGGAAGAAGAUGAAAAGAUGGAUGAUGAUUCUUUAUGUAAUGACGAGUAUAUUGAGCCCUCAACAGACGAGGAGUGUCGGUCGUGGAGAUAUCCUCAGUACAAGGUUUGCAAAGAGGGAGAGUCUGUCAUGUCUGAAGAGCUGCAGGAAGAUGUUUGUGCUGAGGAGAAGCUGGAACUAUCUGGAUUGAAAGAGGAGAAAGGAGGCAAUGUUGCAGAUCACAGUGAUCCCUCUGAGGUCCAUUUGGUAAAUGUCUCUUUUGAGAUGGCCAGUUACUCUGAAUUGCAGGAAAAUGAUGAAUCUACACCAGAAGAGGACUCUGUGGCAGACCAGUGUUCUUUAAACAGAGAACAUGUGAGCAUUGAUUCCAAUGAAGAAUUUAAAGAGGGAGCAGCCAGUGGAGAAACUGGUAUUUCUACCACAAUACAAGACCAGAAAGACACAGAGGAAUGUACUCAAGAGGAUGAUUUUUGUCAACAGUCAGAAGACGUCCUAACAAUCGAUAUAAAGGAAGAACAUAUGGAUCUAGAGUCAGGCCUAAAUAGUAGAGGGGAACAAAUAACAUCAUCUCCUUCUGCAGAUGUAGCUCAUAAAGAAAUACAGACGGUGUAUACAGAAUUUCAGAGAACCACUGAAGAAGCAGCACAGUCAAAAAAAAAGGCCAAUGUCCAGCCUGUAGACGUUGCUGCAGAUGAUCCGGCUUUAAGUUUAACAGAGGUCCAGGUAUCAGAAUGCAGUCUGAAAGAGGAAAAGGGUCCAGAUAUAGAAGAAGAAACUCACAAGGCAGUGGGAGGAGAGUGCUUAAAGAAAGUCACAUUUAUCCUGGAGCCUGAGCUAAUCAAUGACUCAGCACUCUCUGAGGCCAGGACCUCUGAGGAGUCCAGAGCAGAGACGAGCAUGUCAGAUGCUGAGCUGAGCUCUCAUGAUGAAACCAACACCAAUGAAAUUAUCGAUCAGAUGUUCGACGAGGUGCUGGAAUAUGCUGGAAGGAUGGCGGAAGAGAGGGGGAAUGAUGAUGAUCCUGAGAAUGGGGAUAGUGGCAUUGGUGUUUGCUCUGGAGACCAAGAUAAAAUGGACACAGAGUCUAAGAAGGAGAAAAGUAAAGAGGAGGGAGGGGCCAAAGAAGAGUGGGAUGAGAGCAAGGAGCUUGAAGGCAAUGGAGAUGAGUUGCUCACUUUCCCUCCCAGUGGCAUCCUCUCUCCUCUCAGCAAGUCGGUUGAGGCUUGGGUUACCCCUUUGCGACUGACAACAAGCAUGGAAUCCAAUCCUCCCUCUAUGCUCCUGACGCCAGAGGAGACAGUCUCCCCUUUUGUGGACUCUGUUCCUCUGUACAGUAUUGAUGCCUACCGUACACAAAGGCAGAACAAGUUGCCCCCCAUUCAAAGCGUCACUCCCGGGGUUCAGAGACGAGCUCCAGAGAAGUCACAGUCUCAGCAUUCUGUCAACACCAAGGAGAGAAUCAUGGCUCUUAAUGAGGAAGCAGUCAAACUGCAGAGUGUGAUCAGCCAGACCCUUCAGGCUCUGAGCUGCUGUACUGAUGAGGAGCAUGGACGGGGCUCGCUGGAGGAGGCGGAAGCUGAAAAAUUACUGCUGGUGUCCUGUGAGAAACGCUCUGCCCUGCUUGCGGAAGUGUCUAGACUGAGGGAGGAGAGGAACUCAGAAACUGGAGGGGCAUCAGGGGAGGACAAGGAAUAUGUUUCCCAGCAGCCCUGUAGAGGCACAGUCAGCAUCACAAACAUCCAGCUGCCACUUAAGUUUGAAUUUGUCUGCUCCUCACAAAACCGCACAGGUAGACCAAGUCACUACUUUUUCAUCCUGAUCCGCUACGGGCCCUGCAACAUCAUCGCUACUCCACUGGCCACAGUUGCUGACGCUCAGAAUGGAGACACCAUCUCCUUCCCCACCUCAGUGACACUGAAGGACAUUCGCUCAUCAUUUGAGAUUGAUGUAGAAGUCUAUAGUCUGUCCCACACUUCAGGUAGCAACUGCAGUGUGGACCGGACCACCACCAAGUCACGGGUUACACCUAGAAAGCUUUUGAACACUAUCAAAAGAUCCAGUAACACUCUGACAUCUGCUACUAUGCCUGCUCUCAACGCUCGUUGCUCCAGUAACUUUUGUCUUGUGGGCUCCCACAAUAUCACCUUGGCCUCACUGGGACACAGCAAGUUCCCUCUGGAUAAGAUGAAACUUGAUGGCAAAAUCAGGAGACUGCUGGGAGAUGAAUUUCAGGAAAAGGUGCCUUUUCUUUCUCCUCUAGAGGGCAACAUCUACCUAAGACUGGACAGUCAGAGUCACUCCAAUGUGCAGCACCAAGGCUUCCUGACAAUGUUUGAGUUGGUCGGUGGAUUUGGUGUGUGGCAUCGUAGAUAUUUUGUCCUGGAAGGAUACAGCAUGCACUACUGGAACCAUCCUAAUGACAGUGAAACCAAGCAGGCAGGGGGCAGCAUCUCUCUGGCCAGCUCUCCCAGUCAGUGUGUCAGGCCUGUCAAGAGGGACUCGUGUGCUCGCCCUUUCACCUUUGAGCUGGUGAGCAACAUUCCACAUCAGCAGCAGGACGACAGCCAGGAGGCAUUUGCCAAGUGUUGGUUUUCAGCCGACACCAAACAGGAGCGAUCAGACUGGAUGGAGAAACUCACCCAAGUUCUUUUGGACGUUCACACAUGGAACCGAACAUCAGCAACCAAAACAGAAAUUCAGCAGUCAAACACAAGCAGCGGGAACUUGAGGGAGAGCAUACUGUAGCUACAUCGAUAUGCUCUCAGAUGCAGUUGAAAUGAGUUGUGUCUGUCUGGGAUCCAUGGAGGCAUGUAGGGCUGGUAGAUUGUUAAUGUCAGUGCAGCAGGAGAUGAGCUUAGCCUCUGUUCCACUGAUUUAAACUCAACAGCCAAAUUCUGAACAUAAAACAAACCGGUAACAUGUAAUGUGUCUCAUGUUGAUUUAUUUUUUGGGAGAUUCUUCUGUUUAAGUUUCUGUUUAUUUCUUUUUAUCUGAAUCCAAUCAUUUACUAUUGGUUGACACUUUUAUUUGCCAAGUUACAGUUGUCGCUUAAAUCUUUUUAGUUUCUCUCUCUUUACUUUACGUUACGUUUUAUGUUCUUCUAUGGCAAUCAGCUGCUUUAGCCUUCAUUGGCAUUGUUAUACUGUCACUUUGAGUAGCUAAGAUGAAACUCCUCUUGUAGAGUAUAUAUUUUUGAAAGGUAAUGUAUGUUUGUAUCAUUUAAACUGGAAUGAUAGACACAUUUAAUUUAGACACUAAUGAAUAUUGAAGGAGAAGGAAAUCUUUAAAUCUACUAAACUGAUUUAGGAUGAGAAUGUAUUUGAAAUGGCAGGGAACUAUUGAAGGAGCGCCAGUGUUGGAAUGGGAGCUCCUGUUAGUUGUUUAGGGACAGUAACUAUUUCUGUCUUGUGAAGUAAUAGGUUUUUGAUCAGGGGCUCUAAAUUUAAGAUAACGUGGGCUUAUGUUCCACUGAACCAAUCAAUAUUUGACUGUUUGUAACUCGAUCUCAAGUCUCAAUUUAUUCCUAUUGUCCGCACAAAGUGUCACUGGUGUCUUUGGGUUGUACUUUCUACUCAGUGCCCAUAAGAGUUUGCUCAAAGUCUUGAGUACAUGAUUUGUGUCACAGCACAUUUAAAGCUGUAUAUUUACAUUUGUAGACUUGUAAUAUAUACGUAAUACAGCAGAUGAAGAGACAGGGUAAAAGAGGGAACUAUGGUGAUGCUGCUGCAAUGAAUGUGGUCUGUUCUGUCUGAUGUCCCGUUCUUUUCCAUGUAUGUAAACUAUCAGUCUGUCACUUUGUUAUACAUGUUGUUGAUGUCAACUCUCAUAUGCACUUAAUGUUAGGUACCAAUAAAAUUAAUGGAAUUCAAAGGCAACAAAAACAGUUUCGAUGGAUGAAUUUGACCAAUCCAGCCAGUGCAAGCGCUGGUAUGAAAAUGUAAUAUCUUGUUAUAUCAUCAAUAUUUUGUAAUAUCACUGAUAUUUUAUUUAACUUUUCAGUGGAACCCUGUUAGAGUGGGCACCCAUCAGUAUUUUUAACACAUGAAUCCAUGUAUUGGUUUGAGACACUUCUCGCCCCUUUGUUUCUCCCUCACUUUUCUGUACAUUUUUUUUCACAUACUUUAGAAUGGAGAAGUGCAAGAGGCUGAGCCAUAGAUUGUCAUACAGACAGCCUGAGUGAGUCUGGCAGGAAGGCCGCUUGGGUCAGGAAUGUCAUACAGGAAGUGGUCUAGAAUUAGACGUCCUGUUCGUCCAAGAGACGCUGGGUGGAGGGGCUGCUGGAUGUUAUGGAGUUUAAGGUGAUGACAACAAAGGGAGGGCAGCAUUCUGUUUUUAGUUCUCGCAUGGUCGUCUCCAAUCAGCCAACACUGGCUGUUACAAGCCACAAGUUUAUGGCAGCAAAAUAGAUUACACAGAUCAGAACUAGUGUAGUGCCCAUUGUAGUGAAGUUCUCACUGAAAUGUCAAUCAAAACCACGCCCCCUGCAGUCAUUCAGUUCAUCAGGGGUUGAGGAUUUAAAUGGAAAUAUCUGAAUGAUGGAAACACUAAAUAUUAGAUGGAUUUUAUUGUGAAUAAUGUGAACCAGAUAGUAGUUAUACAGCAGAGGGAGUGACUGAGCUGGGCAGUGGCCUCCCUGUCCUCAGUGAUGUGUUCCCACCCUGCAGAAUAUGUUCUGCACAACAUCCUGAUGUGUCAGCCUCUGCCCUGCUCUGGUUCCCUACACGACACUGGAGGAAACUGUUCCUUUGGCAAACAAAUAAGAGGUGAUACUAAGGUGGUUUUCCCUGCUAACAGGACUGAUACAGGAUGGAGAAAUGGACGUUGAUUUCACACUUGAGAUUGUACCUAAACUGAACAGCCUGAUGAUUUGCUCAACAAGGUUUCAUUCUGUGUGAAGAGAGUAAGACACUAACACUGAUCCGCAAAUACACCAAAUUCCCUCAGUGGUAGAAGCCAGCACUGGUGAAACACGGCAGAGGAUUGGAGACGGUCAAUGACAGUCUCUCUUAUUGUUUCCUUUUCUUCUAACACAAUUUUUUUCAGCCUUGACCACUGAGCCACAGAGUUUACCUACUUGGGGACAAACAAAUGUUUAUGAUUGACAAAUGCAGUUCUGUGAAUCAUGACUGAUGUCUGGUACAAACCCUAUAAGACGCCUGCCAAGUGCCUCACAGUAAAAGAUUAAUGGUCUUGGCCUCCAUUAGUCCUUGGCUGCUUUUUGAUCCCUUUUUCACAGUGGACUGUCAGUUAAUGACUUAUGCAUUACACAUUGCUUCUUCCGGUUAGAAUGUGCUUAAUUGUUUUCCCUUUACGAGUAAAGGGAACUCUCAGGCUCCCAGAAGGUUUUGUAGAACAUUACCCUAUACUUCCCCCGCCCCUCACCCCCUCUGCCACCAUCUGGAUUAUUUACCCGCUGCCCUCUCCUUGGUAUUCUCUCUUUGUCCUGCAACUCUCAAAGUAAAUGGUUCUCAGAUGGGAUCCAGGGACCCUCUGGGGUCCGUGGCACAUUUCAUGUAUUGGAUUCAUCCAUUAAAAUGAUCAUGAUAUAUCGGUA